AUGGAUGUCGCAGGCCUCCGAGACCGUAUCCAAGCGACCCUCAACACCAAUGCGGAUACUCGACAACAGGCAGAGGCGGACCUGAAAUUCGCUGAGGAGCAGCCUGGAUUCGUCAAUGCGCUGUUGGAUAUUUUACAGGCGGAGCAGGACAAUGGAGUUCGACUAUCGACGGUGGUAUAUCUGAAAAAUCGGGUUACUCGAGGAUGGGCUCCUGCCGAAGAACAAUCCAUUCACAAAGCCAUUCCAGAUGAAGACCGAGCUCCAUUCCGAGCUCGUAUUAUCCCUUUACUCGCCUCCUCCCCGCCCGCCGUUCGAUCUCAGUUGGCCCCUAUCCUAUCCAAGGUCCUCCAAUACGAUUUCCCUUCAAGAUGGCCUGACUAUAUGGACGUGACUGUCCAGCUACUCAAUACCAACGACGCAAACUCAGUCUUCGCGGGUUUGCAGUGUCUGCUGGCAAUAUGUCGUGUUUACAGAUUCAAGGCGAGCGACAAGAGGGGGGAUUUUGAGAAAGUGGUGGAAGUCUCGUUUCCGCGAUUACUGGAUAUUGGGUCUCGGCUCAUCAAUGAGGAAAGCAUCGAAGCGGGGGAGAUGCUGCGGACAGUUGUCAAGGCGUAUAAGAACGCCACCUAUUUUGAAAUGCCAAACUUCCUGAUGACCCAUCAAGCAACGGUCGAUUGGUGCACUUUGUUCUUGAGAGUCAUUGGAAAAAUCCCUCCCGCAAGUUCCCUGCUAGAAGAUGUAGAUGAGCGGGAACUUAACCAUUGGUGGAAAGCCAAAAAAUGCUCUUAUGCCAAUUUGAACCGUCUAUUCGUUCGUUACGGCAACCCUAAUCUUAUCGGCAAAUCCAGCUCGAACAGAUACACCCAGUAUGCCAAGAUUUUCAUCUCGACCUUUGCCCCCGAGAUUCUGAAGGGUUACCUGGGGGAAAUCGAUAAAUGGGUCAACGGACAAUGGCUAAGCAAGCCUGCACUUUCUUAUACUUUGGUCUUUCUGCAAGACUGUGUCAAGCCAAAAAUUACAUGGGACCAUCUGAAACCUCAUAUGGAUAAUCUCAUUCAACACCUGAUUUUCCCAGUACUCUGCCAGUCUGAUGAAGAUAUUGAGCUUUUUGAGACAGACCCUUCAGAGUAUUUGCACCGGAAGUUGAAUAUAUAUGAAGAGGUUUCUGCACCAGAUGUCGCAGCUACAAACUUCCUCGUAGCGCUGACACAAAGCCGGAAGAAGCAGACAUUUUCUAUCUUGAGUUUCAUAAACGGGAUUGUGAGCAAGUACGAAUCGUCUCCAGAUGACCAAAAACUUCCUCGCGAAAAGGAGGGCGCCCUUCGCAUGAUUGGCACAUUGGCUUCCGUAAUUUUGGGCAAGAAGAGCCCUAUUGCUGACCAAGUCGAGUACUUUUUCGUCCGCCACGUUUUCCCAGAAUUUAAAAGCCCCCACGGCUAUCUCCGCGCACGGGCUUGCGACACUUUGGAAAAGUUCAAUGAACUAGACUUCAAUGACACCAACAACCUCAUGGGAGUUUAUAGAAAUAUUUUGGAUGCAUUGGCCGACCCUGAACUUCCCGUGAGAGUGGAAGCUGCCCUUGCCCUCCAGCCGCUUAUUCGCCAUGAUGUUAUUCGGACCUCGAUGCAAACUAGUAUCCCACAAAUCAUGCAACAGCUCCUCAAGCUCUCUAAUGAAGUGGACUUGGAUCCGCUUGCAAGCGUCAUGGAAGACUUCGUUGAAGCCUUCUCGGCAGAACUCACUCCUUUUGCUGUGGCUCUGUGCGAGCAACUGAGAGAUACCUACUUGCGUAUUAUCGGAGAUAUGCUUGAUGAUCGAAAAAAUACCUCGAAAGGUGAUGAAGACAUUUACGGCGAUUUCCUAGAUGACAAGAGCAUCACUGCCUUGGGAGUACUCCAAACCAUAGGAACUCUCAUUUUAACUCUGGAAAGCACACCAGAUGUUCUUCUGCACCUCGAAACCAUUUUAAUGCCUGUCAUCACAAUUACCCUUGACAAUAAACUCUAUGAUAUGUUGCCAGCUUUAGACAAUUUUGUAACCUUUGGCUCCUUUACUUUGACGCAAAACCCCGCUUACCUUCAAGCUCUCGUUGGUAUGGUGGAAGACAUUUUCCAUGACGAGAAAGUUGGAGGCGUUGAUAGAAUCUGUGGGUGCAAACUUUCAGAAGCUCUCAUGCUUAACCUUCGAGGCCAAGUCGAUCAAUAUAUCCCAACAUUCAUCUCAUUAGCGAUGGCGGUAUUGAAUUCGAAUGAAACGCAUGCCAAGUCUUACCGGAUUCACCUCAUGGAGAUGGUAAUCAAUGCCAUUUACUAUAACCCCUUGCUAUCGCUCCAAUUCCUGGAGUCCAAAGAAUGGACCAACAAAUUCUUCAGUACUUGGUUUUCGAAUAUGGACAUUUUUACCAGGGUCCAUGACAAGAAGCUUUGCAUCGUUGCCAUCAGCGCACUAUUGACCUUGCGAGGAAAUGAUGUGCCAGCAAGCGUACAACCAGGCUGGCCCCGCCUCCUACAGGGGAUUAGCAAGCUUUUCCAGACCCUUCCAGCGGCCUUGAAGCACCGCGAAGAAGCUACUUCUAAUGUCGAUUUAAGUUAUUAUGAAAGGGACGAUGAUGACGACUCGAAUAACGAUUGGAGUGGCGAAGUGGAGUGGACAGCACAAGAUGAAGAUGAGGGUCCUGAUGGAGACCUUGACGACGAGAGUCAAUCUUAUGUUGAGUUCUUAAACCAAGAAGCUAUGAAAUACUCAGCGAUGCCCGGCAAUGAGGACGAUGACCUUGACGAAAAGAGUUUGCUUGAGAGUCCAUUGGAUAAAAUUGAGCCAUAUAGCUUAUUCAAGAACGUUUUGAUGAAUCUACAACAAGAGCAACCGGCCCUUUACGAAAACCUGACCAAAAUCCUUAAUUCCGAAGAGCAACAAAUUAUCCAGACCGUUGUCAACGAAGCCGAUGCGCAGGCAUUAGCUUUUGAGAAUGCAACUGCUGCCGCCGCAGCAGCAGCAGCGGCACAGGCAAAUGGUGGUUCAUAA